GUUUUGAACUAUUGAUAUUUCAUUGAUAUUAAACUUAUAAAAUUUAUUUAUUGUUUGAAGUUUAUAUUUUAAUUGUAUAAUAUAAUUAUUUUUUUUAUUAUUAUAUAAAUAUAUUAAUAUUAAUGAAAGAAUAGCAUAUAUAAUCAAAUAAUAUAAACAUAUUUUAGUUAAUCUAUAAAAUAUAUUAUACUCUAUGGUUAAAUAAAAACAACAAUAUAUCUAAUUUUACAAAUAGGUUUAUUUAGAAAUGUUAAAUAUAAAAUAAUUAUAUUAUUGAUAAAAUUUAAUAUAUAAAAUAAAAUUUAAUAUAUUCAAUUAAUUUCUGUUUUCCAAAAAUAUUUCUAAACAAUGUACUUUAAUUAAAUUUAAAAUGGAAAUUGAUUAUAAACUUUUAAAAGAAAUAGAUUGUAAGCAAGGAGUUAUUAGAGCUGUACGAUUUAGUGUUGAUGGUGCUUAUUGUUUAACUUGUGGAUCUGACAGGAAAUUAAAAUUAUGGAAUCCUUAUAAAGGUGUUACUUUAAAAACAUAUGAAGGACAUGGAAAUGAGGUAAUGGAUAGUAGUGCAUCUUGUGAUAGUAGUCAAAUAGUGUCUUGUGGAUUAGAUAAAUCAGUUAUUCUUUGGGAUGUAGCAAGUGGAACUCCAAUACGCCGUUUAAGAGGUCAUGUAGGUCCUGUUAAUACUGUAAGAUUUAACGAAGAAUCAUCUAUGAUUAUUUCUGGAUCAAGAGAUAAUUUGGUUAUGUUAUGGGAUGUCCGUUCUAAAAUAUUAGAACCUGUACAAUGUUUAAAUGAAGCUAAGGAUUCUAUUUCUAGUGUUAGAAUAUCAAAUCAUGAAAUUUUAACAGCUUCUUUUGAUGGAAAAAUACGCAGAUAUGAUAUUCGUGUAGGUGAAAUAUAUGCAGAUUACAUAGGAGAUGCAGUAAUAUGUGCAAGUUUUACAAGAGAUGGUCAAUGUAUAGUAGUUAGUUCUGCUGAUGGUAUAAUUAGAUUAAUAGAUAAAGAUUCAGGAGAAUUACUUGGAGAAUUUACAGGUCAUGUGGUUAAUAAUUUAUGCUUAGAAUCAAAUGUUGAUAAUCAAGAUACUCGUGUUAUUUCUGGAUCUGCAGAUGGAAAAUUAUGGAUAUGGGAUUUGAUUUCUCAGAAAGUAGUUGCAAAACUUUCAGGAUUUAAAUCAACAAAACAUCCUAUGGUAUCAUUAAGUGUUCAUCCACAAAGAAAUUGUUUUUUAGCUACUAAUGGAUCAAAUAUAUUAAUGUGGACUACAUCAACAUAAACAUAAUAUUUUUAUGACAAGUUUAUAAUCAUAUAUGUAUAGCUUUUUAAAUGCACAUUAUAUUAUAGAAUUAAAAAUUUAUACUAUUAUAUAGUAUUUAUUAGUAUUCAUUUUAUGUAAUUAAAGAAAAAUAAAUUGUUGAAGAAAAGAAAAUAAAUAUGAAAUAAUUGAAAAAAA